UCCCGUGCGGGCGGCCAGGCGCUCUCCGGCUCUCUCAGUCUGGGCUUGGGGCCCCGCGGCGGAGGCGGCUGCAGAGGCGGCGGUGGCACCAUGUUUCUUCACUCAGUCAACCUUGGGAACCUGGCGUUUUAUGUCUUCAUGGUCUUUAUGGCCACCCUGGGACUAUGGGAUGUGUUUUUCGGCUUUGAGGAGAACAAGUGCAGUAUGAGCUACAUGUUUGAGUACCCGGAAUAUCAGAAAAUAGAACUUCCAAAGAAACUGGCAAAACGCUAUCCAGCAUAUGAGUUAUAUCUUUAUGGAGAAGGAUCAUAUGCUCAAGAACAUAAAAUUCUCCCUUUGACAGGUAUUCCAGUUCUCUUUCUUCCUGGUAAUGCUGGAAGUUAUAAGCAAGUUCGUUCUAUUGGCUCUAUUGCCCUUAGAAAAGCAGAAGACAUUGACUUCAAGUACCACUUUGACUUCUUUAGUGUGAACUUCAAUGAAGAACUGGUGGCACUGUAUGGUGGAAGUCUUCAGAAGCAGACCAAGUUUGUACAUGAAUGCAUUAAGACAAUUCUCAAACUCUACAAGGGUCAAGAAUUUGCUCCAAAAAGUGUGACAAUAAUUGGUCAUUCUAUGGGUGGCCUUGUUGCAAGAGCAUUGCUUACACUGAAAAAUUUUAAACAAGAUCUGAUAAAUCUUCUUAUUACACAAGCCACACCUCAUGUUGCUCCUGUGAUGCCAUUAGAUCGUUUCAUUACAGAUUUUUAUAUGACUGUAAACAAUUAUUGGAUUCUAAAUGCUCGGCACAUAAAUUUAACCACACUUUCUGUAGCUGGAGGAUUCCGGGAUUACCAAGUUCGUUCAGGACUGACAUUUCUACCAAAACUAAGCCAUCAUACCAGUGCCUUAUCUGUUGUGAGUUCAGCAGUGCCUAAGACCUGGGUUUCAACAGAUCACCUCUCCAUUGUGUGGUGUAAACAAUUGCAGUUGACUACAGUUCGAGCAUUCUUUGAUCUUAUUGAUGCUGAUACUAAACAAAUAACUCAAAAUUCCAAGAAGAAAUUGUCAGUUUUGAAUCACCACUUUAUAAGACAUCCUGCAAAACAUUUUGAGGAAAACCCAGCUAUAAUUUCUGACUUAACAGCAACAUCUAUGUGGGUUCCAGUAAAAGUAUCCAAAUGGACCUAUGUGGCUUAUAAUGAAUCGGAUAAGAUAUAUUUUACAUUUCCUCUUGCAAAUCAUAGAAAAAUCCACACUCAUGUCUAUUGUCAGAGCACUAUGCUGGAUACAAAUAGUUGGAUUUUUGGCUGCAUAAACAGCACUUCUAUGUGCCGGCAAGGGGUUGAUUUAUCAUGGAAAGCUGAACUGCUGCCAACAAUUAAGUUUCUGAUGUUAAGACUUCAAGACUAUCCAUCUUUGUCUCAUCUUGUUGUCUAUGUACCGUCUAUUCAUGGAAGUAAGUUUGUUGUAGAUUGCGAAUUCUUUAAAAAAGAGAAAAGAUCCAUACAGCUUCCUGUAACUCAUCUUUUUUCCUUUGGAUUGUCUUCAAGAAAAGUUGUGUUAAAUACAAGUGGCCUGUACUACAAUAUAGAGCUUCUGAACUUUGGACAGAUAUACCAAGCUUUUAAAAUCAACGUGGUAAGCAAGUGCUCAGCAGUCAAAGAAGAAAUAACUAGUAUCUAUAAACUUCACAUUCCCUGGUCUUAUGAAGAUUCACUAACCAUUGCACAGGCUCCAUCCUCCACAGAAAUUUCCCUGAAGCUCCAUAUUGCUCAACCAGAAAAUGACAGCCAUGUGGCAUUAUUAAAAAUGUACACAUCAUCAGACUGUCGGUAUGAGGUGACAAUUAGGACUUCCUUUUCACAAAUACUUGGACAGGUAGUUAGAGUUCAUGGCGGAGCUCUUCCUGCUUAUGUUGUAUCUAGUAUCCUCCUUGCUUAUGGAGGACAGUUAUACUCUCUUUUCUCAACAGGUUAUUGCUUAGAAUAUGCUACCAUAUUGGAUAAAGAAGCUAAACCAUACAAAGUUGAUCCUUUUGUAAUUAUGAUUAAGUUUCUAUUGGGGUAUAAAUGGUUUAAAGAACUGUGGGACACAUUACUGCUACCAGAAUUAGAUGCCAUCGUUUUAACUAGUCAGAGCAUGUGUUUCCCCCUUGUAUCCUUGAUUCUCUUUCUCUUUGGAACAUGUACUGCCUACUGGAGUGACCUGUUCUCCUCUGCAUCUGUGCGACUCCUUUCUUCAUUGUGGCUAGCUUUGAAAAGGCCCUCUGAACUUCCUAAAGAUAUCAAAAUGAUAUCACCAGACUUGCCCUUUUUGACAAUUGUUUUGAUCAUAGUUAGUUGGACAACUUGUGGAGCACUUGCCAUACUUCUUUCUUAUCUUUACUAUGUGUUUAAGAUUGUUCAUCUGCAAGCCAGUCUAACAACUUUUAAAAAUAGCCAGCCUGUGAAUCCCAAACACUCUAGAAGAAGUGAAAAAAAAUCCAAUCACCAUAAAGACUCAAUAGCACACCAUCUUCGUUUAUCUGCUAAUGAUGCUGAAGAUAGUCUUCGAAUGCACAGUACUGUGAUUAAUUUAUUAACAUGGAUUGUAUUACUCAGCAUGCCAUCUCUAAUUUAUUGGUUAAAGAACCUUAGGUAUUAUUUUAAACUUAGUCCUGAUCCAUGUAAACCUUUGGCCUUUAUCCUUAUUCCAACUAUGGCAAUUCUUGGAAAUACUUAUACUGUUUCAAUAAAAUCAAGUAAAUUGUUGAAGACUGCUUCACAGUUUCCACUUCCUCUCGCUGUUGGCGUGAUUGCUUUUGGAUCAACACACUUAUAUAGGGUUCCGUGCUUUGUCUUCAUUCCUCUUUUACUCCACGCAUUAUGCAACUUUAUGUAAGAUUGGACUUACAGAAUGAUAAAGAUAAUUGAUGCCUUUAAGGCCAAUAAUAAGAGGGAACACAUAAAUUCAUCAACAUGGACAGCAAGGUCCUUUGGAGAAGACAAGUCUAUUUUUACAGUAUUGAAAAUAGGAAAUUAGUUUUGUAAUGCUUGAGGAAAGUAGUUGAAGCACGGAUUUGUUUUGUGGUGUGGAAUCUAUGUACUAAUCAUUUUCAAAAAAUUAGUAAAGGGAUAUAUGGUGGCCACUAAUGUUUGAGGAAUCCUGUGCAUAUCAAUUAGUCUGCUUCAUCAACCAUACCAGAGAUCCUCUCUUAGAGAUAUAGUCGAUGCAGCAUUGUUUGUAAUUUCACCUCAAGUAUUCUUGUUUCGUUUUCCUGAAAGUGAGUUAUUUUGAAUUUGCUGUAGUUUAUAUAUUGAGAACUAAGUCUUAAAGAUUGAUAAAAUUUACAACUGUUUUGUCUCAAAAGUGAAAUAGCCACUCAGAAUCUUUAGUCAGUUUUUGGCAGCCAUGAUGAAUGGAGUAGAUCUUUUGUCUUCUUACAUCUAUGAAAACAGAGCUUUGAAUUGUAAGGGGGCAUGUUUUCUCAGUAACCAGGGCAAGACUGAUAGAUGGAAACAUGAUUCAAACUUAAAAUUUAAUGAAAUUUUCUUCUUUUCAAAUAUGAAUUUUAUUAUGUAUUCUUAGUGAAUAUCAGAAGACUAUUAAAGAAAUCAAUUGUUACAUUUAAAGAAAAUGCUCAUACAUAUUUACUUCCUGGCACUGGAACAGUUCAAGUCUUCCAUCUAUACCAUUUUAUUUAAUUCAUUGCCCCCAUGGUUGCCAAAAGUGCCUCAGGUCAUGAUGUAUUAACUAAAUUCAAGUGGUUGGAAACAACUCUAGGUUUACACCACUUUUGUCCGCUGUGGGAAAAAAAAAUCAGCACGAUCACGUGUAGUACCAUAUUUGAUGUAUGAUAUUAUACUGUUAAUAGAAUAACAGUAGACACUGUUACCCCAUUAAUAGCAUAAGUAUUAAUACACCACCUGAAUAAAUUGGAGACUUCAGCUACUAGGUUUAACAGUGGAAUCUCGAUAGGUCCAGGUGACUUCUAGGAUUACUGUUUUACAAAUAAAAGAGUAAUCUUUCUAAUUUAUUUCAGCUUUCACUUCACUCUUAGCUACAAGAGUAGAAAGAAGGUAAUGGAGCAAGGUAGACGAGUGUACUCUUUGUCUUAAGAUAGAGUAAACUCAGGCUGAGAUAUACCUGGCUCAGAGUCCUUCUUUUAGAUACGUAUACUGUAAAUACCCAAAACUUCUCAAGUAAAGUCCUUAAAUCCCAUUGAUGGCACAGUUGCACUUGUGAACUUGUAUCCUUGUUAGUGCCCAGGGAUGUCCUAGAGUACUGGUUUCAUUUUAUCUGCUAUCGCAUUUGGUUUCCAUUACAGCCUUGCAGCUGUUACAGCUUAUAGAAGUUUACUACCAUUUUACUGCAUAUAGAGAGUUACUUCUCGUAGUUCUUCCCCAGGUGCUUGCUAUUUCUGCAUCAGUUGAAGAGGGUCUUGCUAUCACCUCUGAGGGUAUUAAGUUUGUUUGAUUCCAUGGUUGUCUUUUCUAACUUCGUGCCUAUUGUUCAGUAUUCAUGUUUUCACUUACUGAAACCAUUCAAGGAAAGUGAUAACCUCAUAGUAGACAUGAAAGACAUACUAGGCUCUUGUUUCUUUGAGAUAAGUAGCAAAAGGGAUAAAAUACAAAACACUCAUGUGUUUCAGUUGAGAGGAAAGAGGGAGAAUUUAUUAGGUUAUACACUCAUCCCAUGGCAUACCAUAUAUAUAUUUAAAUAGGGACACAUCUGCCUAUGUUUGGCUAUACAUAUACGUUUGCACACAAGGUAUUAUUUUUUGCUGCUGUUACUAUAAUGUAUCUCAAGUUACAGAUUAAAUAUAUCAUUUAACUAUUUCUGAAUUUAAACUUAGGUCCACAUACAGAAAGAACUUUAGAAAAUUUAUUAAUUUGGAUCUUCUCUUCACAGCCAUAAUCAUUAUGUUUAUGUGAUCUAAAGUCUCCUUGUUUAGUCAGUGCUGCUCAUGAAUAAAAUAUAACAAGCUUAAAUUUCUUAUUUUUGAGUAAUACAUUUGCUUUUUAAAGCAGCUGACUUAGGCACACUAAUUCUCACUAAAAUAUUUACAUGUGAGUGUAUUUAUCACUAAGUCCUAAAAUCUUAUUUUGCUAACAAAAUAUUUCAUUGUAAGGACUACAAAAUGAUUCUAAUUAGACAUUUUAUAAACAAUAGGUUGGGCCUUUAGCCAUUAUAUACACACACACACAUAUAUAUACACAGAAACAGAUAUAUGUACACUUACAUUUUGAUGAAAUCUUCAAGUCCUAAUUUAAGUCAGAUAGUUGCCAGAGGUGAGAAGGUAGGCUUUGUGCAAAGAUUAGCAAUAUUGAUGUUUCUAUCACUUGAGAAAAGGGAAGUUCUUUUCCUUUAAAGCACACACAGUUUCUAUCAUGCUUACAACCUAUAUUUUAGCUGGUAAAACAGCAUAGCCCACUUAGCAAUGUUACUAAAAACAAAAGUGUUUAUUGGCAGUUAGAGAUUAUCUAAUUAAGCAAAUUUCUGCACCCCACUGUUAUGGCAUUUUUAUUUAGAAAUUGUUGCUUAUAAAAUAAUUCCUAGACCUUACUGUUGAUAACUAGAUCAAAUAUAGACUAGACAGGGAAAAAUACUGAGUACUUUUAGUGCUUCUAAAGUCUCCUCUGGAGUUAUUGCUGUUGCAAUUUGCAAUUGAUAGUAUAAUAGAAAUUGUUAACACUCUUUUUUCUGUAUAUUUUUCAUGCCAGAAAUUAAACAGCUUCUGCUCUUUCUUAGUUAUCACCAGAAUGAAAAUAUUUGAAGUGGUUAUUCUAAAAAAGCCAUUUGUGGCUGGUUAACAUUGAUUUUGAGUUUCUUCAAUAUAUAUUGAUCAUGCAUUGAUCUUUUUUUUCAUAUUUUCGUCAGAUAAAUUCAGAUGUAUAUAAUGGAAUACCUUUUCUUGAGUGAACUAUAUAGUUCUAAUAUCUACAUGAUUAUACAUUAAGGAAAAAGAAAUCAAAACUGUAAUAAGCCUAGUAAAUGUUUUUCUUAAUUAUCUUACCACUCAUGUAGAUACUAUACAUUUCCACAAUACACAUAAACUUAUAUGAGGCAAAUUAUUUGUUUUGUUUAUUAUCUAGUUCCUAUAUUUUUCUUAACUCUUCAGACUUCUCAUUUAAUAUGGUGUAUUUAUUUCACUUUGCUGCUUUUUAGUACCUCUUAUGAAGGUGGUCAAGGGAAAUAAAAGGAAGUAAAACUCAAUUUUCAGUUUAGUUCUUGAGAGCUCUAGGAAAAAUGGGGCAACAUCAAUUUUACUAGAUAAACUUAAGGCUAUGGAUUCCUGAACCCCAGAUAAAUCAGUCAGCCUGUAUUUUCAUUUUAAGCUAUAGGUCCAAAUUAGUGUAAUGUCUUCUAUUAUUAUUAGGCUUAGUGCAAAACUUCAAUACAUUUGAAAUUUUAGCAACUGAUUUUAUUAAAAUCAUUUGGGAAAAAUUUUUUUAAUGUGUUAGGACCUUUCUUUUUCAUCAUCACUUUUUGUUUUCUCAUUGCAUAGGAAUUGUGAAUUUGUAUAUCUUAGGAGACAAGAUGCUUUGUGAAAUUUAUUGGGGAAAAUCAAUUUGGAGAGCAUGAUACUCUCUAAGAUAAGGAGGCAAUUAAAUUAUUGUAUUAUGAAAUUAGACACUGCCAGAAAACUUCCUCAUCUAAUAAGGUAAAUGUAGAACAACAUACUUUAUAAAAAUGGUAAGAUGAUUGGGAGCUGAAAUUUUAUCCUAGCCUUUUUGAACAAAAAACAUUUCAUAUUCAGUAACGAACUUUAUUAUUUAUACACACUACUCAUGCAUUCUUUAUUGUUG